UCAAAGUUUUGGUGAUAAAAAGUUAAUUUCUGAUAGAUAUUUGUUUAAACUUUCACCUUUAGAAAACAAAAACUGAUGCAAAAAUUUUGUGAGACUGUCAAGCACGCGUUAAGACUAUAAAAAAUUAUUUGUCAGAAAGGUAAACAAAAAGCUGGAAUUAUAAUGGAGUGUUUCAAAGUUUGGAGAAAUACUAUCUGAUUGGUAUUGGGUUGAGUGUCAAUGUCAACAUCUCCUGCGCUCUGAAAGGUUUCAAAUUUUAUCUGGAGACAAAAUAAUGAAUACCGAUUGGUUUUCCUUUGUUCUGUGAAGUGUUCGUUAACUGAUCAUCCACUGUAUUUUAUUAUAAUGCUUUCCUUUUAUAACUUUUUGCCUAAAUAGUACAGAUUUAAGUUUUACAUGCUCUGUUAUAAUAUUAAAGAAGUGGCUCCUCAUACUAGUGUUCCUCAAAUAAAACGAUUCUGGAAGCAAGAUGUAAAGAUUGCAAGAGAUUACAACAAAACUGUAGCUCAUAAAGAUGCACGGACAUUAGGGAAACAGUUUCUUACAGAAUGGGCAAAUCUCAACAACAUUGAUCCUAAAGAAGUUUUUAAUCAGACACAAAGAUCAAAAAUUACUCAAAUAGAAACUUUGAAAGAUCUUGUACAGGAUGUAGAAGCAGAUGAUGUAUAUCAGACUGUAAUGAGACAUAUUCCUAAUUUAAGUCCACAGCCUCUUUCUCAGUGUCUUAAUUUAAUAACAUGGCCCGCUCCAGAUAUGACAUGUUCAUCAAGUCGACCAUCACUUUUAGAAUCAGGAUUGUUCACUGGUUCAACAUCAGAUGUUGCAAUGGGAAAAGAAAGUUUAUUUAAAUCAUCAGAUUAUCACCAUUAUAAUCAUAUUCCAUUUGCAAAAAAUAAAAUUAAUGCAUUAUCAAAAAAACCAAAAUUAAAAGUUCCCGCUUGGUCCGUUGAUUCAAUGAAUUGCUGGCCCGUUGAUAGUUACUCUGAUAUUGAUAUCAAAGAUAAGAGAAAACGGAAUUCGUCAUUUUUAGUCACUGCAGUCAAUAGUUGUCAUAGUGAAGGAUUUUUACGUCCAUCUGGAAGUUUACAAAGUCCUUACACACUUUGGCCAUCAUCUUGGAUGAAAUCUUCCAGGUUUGUUGUAACGCCAGUGGCAGAAAUGGAAAGGACGUCUCCAAGAUCGUAUCUUGGAAAGGGAUUACCUAGUUCAAAUUUUGAUACUGUUACAACAUGCUAAAUUUUCUAAGUUGAACUUUCUUUUCUCAAUAAUUUUAUUAUUUACACAUAUAGUUAUAGAAAUAAAUAAGACAUUAUAAGUAAUAGAAAAAUAUUUUAAAUGUAUUUUAUUAUUUAUUUCAGAAAAUAUUU